AGUGACAACCAGUUCCUCCUUCGCAUCAGUUUUCAACCUUCCCCUGUUUCCAGUGUAAUGUGAAAGGGACGCCUAGUGUUUAUCUCGCUCUCUCUGGUCUGGACCCUCCCCCGCACUCAUCGGCGGUAGGUGUAUAUAUGGGGAGAGCAGGAUAGUGUUAUUCGUUUGCGCGGUCCCUUGUUUAUCCGGCUGCACACCGCAAUCUGCAGCGGAGCUGAGGAUGAGCGACCAGGGAAAGGGUUCGGCAUCCACUCCUACAGGGGCCCUAGCGCCGGGGUCGGAUACGUACAAAGGCUGGCUUUUUAAAUGGACUAACUAUUUGAAAGGGUAUCAACGCCGAUGGUUCGUCCUCAGCAAUGGCCUUCUGUCGUAUUACAGGACUCAGGCAGAGAUGGCCCAUACAUGUCGUGGCACUAUCAACCUGGCCACAGCCCAUAUCGACACGGAGGAUGCCUGUAACAUUGUCCUGAGCAGCGGCGGUCGCACCUACCACCUGAAGGCCAGCACUGAGGUGGAGCGCCAGAGAUGGGUCACAGCGUUGGAGCUGGCCAAGGCUAAAGCCAUCCGCAUGAUGAACGACCAGUCUGAUGACUCAGGGGACGAGGAGCCCACGACCCAGUCGGACCGCAGUGAGGGGAUUCAGGGCACUCUGAAGACCCUGAUCAGCAAGCUUGAUGACCUCGGCACGUGUAAUGACCUAAUCGCCAAGCACGGGGCGGCCCUGCAGCGCUCUCUGAGUGAACUCGAGGCGCUGAGAGUCCCCGUGGAGGGAGGAGAGAAGGUCAAGGGCGUCAACGAGCGAGCCACCCUCUUCCGCAUCACCUCGAAUGCUAUGAUCAAUGCGUGUCGGGACUUCCUGGACCUAGCGGAGACCCACAGCAGGAGAUGGCAGCGGGCGCUGCAGUAUGAGAGAGAGCAGCGUAUUCACCUGGAGGAGACCAUAGAGCAGCUAGCCAAGCAGCACAACAGUCUGGAGAGAGCCUGGAGAGAGGCCCCCACACUGUCCGCCAACACGCCCAGCGCCCCCACCACAGAGAAGGUAGGGAGUGAGAGGCUGCAGAAAGGGGAGGCGAGUGAUGAAGAUGAGGAUACAGAAUACUUUGACGCCAUGGAGGACUCCCCUGCCUUUAUCACAGUGACCGCCACUGAGAACACACAGCACAGGCAUUCUCAGAGUAACCUAAGUGGAGCGAGUGGAGGCCAGACCAAUGACUGGAACCAGGAAAAUGUGUAUCCUAGCUGUAAUGAUUCAGGGAAGGAGCUGCAGCCCCUCAGAAGGAGGAGGAGCCACAUCCCAGACAAACCCAACUACUCCCUCAACCUGUGGAGCAUCAUGAAGAACUGCAUCGGCAAGGAGCUCUCCAAGAUCCCCAUGCCUGUGAACUUCAACGAGCCCCUGUCCAUGCUGCAGCGGCUGACAGAGGACCUGGAGUACCAUGAGCUGCUGGACAAGGCGGCGCGCUGCGAGAGCUCCCUGGAGCAGCUGUGUCUGGUGGCAGCCUUCUCUGUGUCCUCCUACUCCACCACUGUCCACCGCACGGCCAAGCCCUUCAACCCCCUGCUGGGGGAGACCUACGAGCUGGACCGCCUGGAGGACUUCGGCUACCGCUCGCUGUGUGAGCAGGUGAGCCAUCACCCCCCAGCAGCAUCUCACCAUGUGAUUUCUCAGCGAGGCUGGACCCUCUGGCAGGAAAUCACCAUAGCCAGCAAGUUUCGUGGCAAAUACCUCUCCAUAAUGCCUCUGGGUGCCAUUCACCUGCAGUUCCACUCCAGUGGGAACCAUUAUGUUUGGAGGAAGGUAACCUCCACCGUGCACAACAUCAUCGUGGGCAAGCUGUGGAUUGACCAGUCAGGGGACAUUGAGAUAGUCAACCACAGGACCAAGGAGACGUGCCAGCUCAAGUUCUCCCCCUACAGCUAUUUCUCCAGGGAUGUCCCACGCAAGGUGACAGGGGUGGUGUCAGACAGUGGAGGGCAGGCCCACUACAUCCUGUCUGGCACGUGGGACGAUAAGAUCGAGAGCUCCAAGAUCGUCCAGAGCAGCAAAGGGGGCAGCGGCUCCGAGGGCAAGCAGAAGACAGUCUACCAGACCCUGUCCCCCAAACUACUGUGGAAGAAAUACCCUCUCCCGGAUAACGCUGAGAACAUGUACUUCUUCUCGGCGCUGGCGCUGACGUUGAAUGAGCCGGAGGAUGGGGUGGGGCUGACGGACAGCCGGCUGAGACCGGACCAGAGGCUGAUGGAGGCGGGGAGAUGGGACGAGGCCAACUCUGAGAAACAGAGACUAGAAGAGAAACAGAGAGCUGUGAGGAGAAGGAGAGAGGCAGAGGCCACAGAUGCACUUGAUGACGAGUGUGAUUAUGACGACUCUGGCCGGGAGUACGAAGGCUUCCAGCCACAGUGGUUCCACAAGAGGACGAACGCCAUCACUGGAGAGACAAACUUUGUGUACAAGGGUGGAUACUGGGAGGCUAAGGACAGUCAGGACUGGAGUAUGUGCACUGAAAUCUUCUAAGCCUCGACCACACCCAUCCUACCCCCUCACUGGACUCACCCAGGCCCAUGAGACUGCUCUACCACUGGCCCUGGAGGAAGAGGGGUCUGGGUGUGGACCUCUGUGUGCAACUGUGUACGUCUCACACACUCACAAUACAGUUUACCUCCCCACGGACACACACACUUCAUCUGUUUUACAGAGUCAAAGCAGAGAAGGGGCCUUCUAUAGGUCCUCCCUGACAACAUAGCACUGAGCUGUAUGGGGGGGUGUAGGGAUGUGAGAGAGAGGAGAGAUUGAAUACCAUAGAAAAUGGACCCAAUAGAGAUGUCCAAAAUAAUCAGGUGCUCCACACGCGCUACCCACAAUGCACUAUUCCUCUGCUCAGUACAUCGUUUUUUCUGGGUUUUAAUGAUUGAAUAGCAACCCAUCUAAAUCAGUCCUCUAUCCUCUCUAACAGACCGACAAACAAAAAGAAGGCCACAGAAGUUUAUAGAAAGACAGUAUACUUUAAAAGGAUGGACAUUUAUUUUGAUUAGAAACUGGUAUCGGAAAGUGUAGGUAGGCAGUAGGCACAGACUCCAACGCUUGAAUUAGUUCUUCAUCUAUGUCCGUCUGCCUGGUAAAGAACUUAAGUUCCCUCUGUUCUUUUCUCCAUUGCAGGAGGAACCAGGUUUAGACCUGCGUAUAACCGUAUUGAGCUCAGACCGUAACCAACGUGGUUUGACAACCAGAGUAUUUUUCCAAACACAAACUGGGUAUAUUGUGAUACCUCCCAAACACAGUCACACUUCCACUCCACUGGUAAUUGAAGCUUUGUCUAUUGAGGUAAAUAAGCACUUUUCUUUGUGGGUUUCCACAGCUUAAUGCAUAUCCGUGUUGAUGUCGAGGAGACUCCAGCCUGGGCACUGCACACUCACCCAGUCCUUUGGUGCUUAACCAUAGAAACACAUACACUUCUAUUGUGCAGUGAGUCAUUUAAAGGAUAUAAAUGGCAUUGUAGCUAGAACCUGCACACCAAUUACUUGUCCCAAAAACAGAUCCAUCAUCCCACACAUGAAUAUCUAGGCAGAGUGUGAAUUUUACACCACAGUGUAUAGUUCUACAGCCUAUAUGACAGAUCAGAGCCUGCUCUGGACCUGUAGUUGUAUUCCUACAGAACUGUCUGAUGUUGCUAUAGCGCUGAAGGAGGCCCAUGGUGGCUACUGACAGUAUAUUAGCAUCUUAACACAGACAGACAGCAUGCUCCUCAGGCCUCCCAUAGCAUACCACUGUUCAGCCAGGGAGGGAUGCUAGUGGAGACACUGACUCCCAGGCACUGACCCAGGUUCACCUGAGCAUAAACCUAGUCCUAACUCCUAGUGUUGAAGAGCUGUGGACAGGCUGAUCUGGGAUCAGCUGGUGAAGGCACUGUCAGUCUUUUGCCUUUAAGAACUGAUUUGUGCACUACAUGUCUUAGGUGACAGGAUUCUUGACAAAGUGUUAGUAUAUUUUGUAAUUACUGUUAGGAAUGUAGUAUUUGGGCUGGAAGUAUUGUACCCACUGUCUGGCCUUUUGUGUGAAUAUUUUGUGAUAACAAGAUAAUAACAAGACAAUAAUAUGAUUAUAAAACAGUUCUAAUAAUAAUCGGAACAAUAAGUAAUGUUUAUAGUUGGAAUCUGAAGUUUUAAUGAAAAUGUACUGUUACUGUACCUUUUAAUUUAAAUUGAUCCAGCCAGUUAGAAGUUGAUUCUAACUACCGCCCACAGUUUGGUUGCAGAUUUAAUGUUUUGUAUUAAUAGAGACUUACUCUCACACUGAAAAUUAUUUUUAUACAAAGUUCUUGAUAUUGGCAUAUUGUUUACUUGGUUUAGAUUUGCAGUUCACAAACAAGCAACCACAUCUGACAGUGCCCCUGAUGUGGCCCAUAAGGUUUCUGAGGUCAGUUGUUACAGAGAUCUGGUAUGUGCUCUGGAAGGAAGUGGAAGACACACAGAAUACCAUCCUCAGCCCAACAUAUCUGCCUGGACGGCUAGAGGGGUUGCUGGGGGUGCAUACAAACUAGAAAAUACUCAUCAAGCAACUGCUGAAUGUAAUGUGAACCGGGAAAAUGUGAAGGUUUCAACUGUGAGAUAAUAAUUAUCCCCCAAUCACUUUCAUGUUCCCAACUGUUUUUCAUUUCAACUCAGAGUAACCCUCCUCCACCGGAAGCCUAUAAUAUAAGGUCUCAACGGGGCAGAGAAUUAGGUUGUUACAAGCACAUUCUGACCAGGCACUUACUCUCUUUAACCCCGUGAACAACAGCCUCCAUUUUCUGCACUAUUUAUGUUUGGUUCCAGUUGAUCUACUUUGUACCCAUGACCUUUCAGCAGACACACAGGCACUUAUACAUUAGUCACAUAACCAUAACACACUCACACAUGUAUAAGUACUGACCACAUUGGCGAGAACAGUACAUUAUUAGUGGAAGAAAUCAAGGGGUACAGCAGGAUGACAUGGUUCCCCACAUUGGAAUGAACUCUCACUAUUCUGGACCCAAUCACAGUAAGGGGUUUUAUAUAUUGUAAAUGUGUCAUUGUAUAGACAAUACUACAACGGCAUGUACAGUAUUACUGGGCGAGAAACAGUAUUGAAAUGUGGGGAAGAAAGAGUAUGAUGUGCAGGGCAAGUAUAACUUUUUUUCUCAAUCAUCAACUCCUUAUAGAUUUAGAUGUUUGAAAUAGAAUGAGUUUUAUAUAUGAAUAUACAUAUAUUAUACUUUGAAUGAUAAUAAACACAUCAUACAUUUUAAUCAUUUAUUUUGAAUAUCCAAAUGACUUGACCUCAAAGAUGGGUGGGUGUGGGUUGCUAGGCGCCCCAGCCAGGGGCUGUGUAAGAGACUGAUUAGUAGCAAUAGUGAUGAUGUUUAGAUUAUUUAUUCAUUCAUGACACUUGUUGGGGUAAAGAAGAUGUUCAUCUCUGCUCUUUGCAGAAAGGAAAAACUGAACAACCAAAGCAUCUGUGCAGUGUACUGUAGCCUAAAAGACUCUUUACCUGCCUUCCUAAUGACAUCAUCUUUUUCAUUUUACACACACUUAAUCCAGUAUGGUUUGAUUUACACAACAACACUUAAUCCAGUAUGGUUUGAUUUACACAACAACACUUAAUCCAGUAUGGUUUGAUUUACCCAACAACACUUAAUCCAGUAUGGUUUGAUUUACCAAUCAACACUUAAUCCAGUAUGGUUUGAUUUACCCAACAACACUUAAUCCAGUAUGGUUUGAUUUACCAAUCAACACUUAAUCCAGAAUGGUUUGAUUUACCCAACAACACUUAAUCCAGUAUGGUUUGAUUUACUCAACAACACUUAAUCCAGUAUGGUUUGAUUUACCCAACAACACUUAAUCCAGUAUGGUUUUAUUUAGCUUUAAUAUCUAUGCUUUGUUUUUCUUUCUUUUUUUCUCAUCAUGGGUGCCAUUGUCUUUCAUUUACAUACUGUAUUCGUAUAUAUGCGCAAUAAGAAAUGUGUGUAUCGCAGAUACACAUGUGUCUUUUGUUUUGUGCUGCUCUGAGGCAGGAUUAUAGUAAUGAAGACCUGGUCAUACCUGGUCUGAAUUAAACCCUGCGGCACAGUGGACUCUGUGCUGUUUGGACUCGUUCUAAUACAGUGAGAGCCUGUGUGACCCGUAUCACUACUAAGGACCUGGUACUGAAGGAGUGGGUGGAAGGACGGAGGUGAGCAGGGUCCGGCCUUACCAUACUCACUUCAACCUCACUCACACACGCUCAUAUUCCACACACACUAUCUCAUACAUAUGCACCUCUGUUCAGGUGUAACUGCAACCGGGGUUGGUCUUUUAUAAUUGUGUUUUUCCCCCUUAAUUUAUACACAUGUAACAUUGUCUUCAAAAGAAAGACACAAUGACAAACAUGAGAUAAUAAAGGUGUUUCUGUUGAAA